UAAGAUACAGACUGUGGGAGGAAGACAAAAAUGAUGAAGGGAGGGGAUGAUGAAUGAUAUUUAGCUAUAGUAGCUUGCUAGCUGUGUUUAUUAUUUGCUGUAAUGUUCGUAGAUAGACUAUAAUAGCUAGCUCAAUUUUGAACUUUCUGAACAAGACAUCAUAGCUAAGGUUAAUAAAUUCGUUUGACGGCUGAGUGUAUUAUAUUCGUGGAUCGUUGAUUUACCAUAAAUAAAUGGUUUUGGAGCUGGCAGUGCCCGCAAAUGCAGGCCCUUUGCUUCACCGCUCCAUCCACCACAUUGAGCGUAUUUUCCGGGUGAGGGUCAGCUACGGAUCCGCGGAGUCAAGCUGCGACAGCGCAAAUGUCAGCACCAGCAAUAUCAUAAUAGUACGUGUCGCGGAGGGCAAGGAAGAUGACUGCACCAAGGCAAAAGAUUACAUAGUUUCCUUAACUUCGCCAGCUCACCGAAAGAGAGAGCAUCUAACGUUGGCUCAACACAAACAGCUGGUUGCACUGAAGCCAGCCAUUGAGUAUGACUCUCAAGCUGUGGUGGAGGUGAGGGAGCAUGUGGUGGACAUCUCCGGUGGCGAGAGGAACGUGAUGACGGCAUGGUCGAUGGUGGAGAAGAUCAAAAUGGAGAAACACCCUUGCAGGGAAGAGGCCUCUGAGCUGACUGAGGCCCAGCAGCCCAGUGGGGAGUCGGAGGAGGGGAACAGUUCAGAGAGUGAGUCAGAGCAUCAGCUGCAAGUGAACAGUGGCAGCUGUAAGAGGACGGAGCUCUUCAGUGCCACCAAGCCUCACCGUCAGCUCUGUCGCUCUCCAUGCCUGGACCGGCCCAGCUUCUCCCAGAGCAGUACUCUACCAGAGCUCCGCCCUGACGACACCAAGGCCGCCGCAGUCCUCAAACAGGCCAGCGACAAGGUGUACCAAACCAAGAUGGAGUUUGCCUUGAAGCUGGGAUACUCCGGUGAACAGGUGGAGACAGUGCUGAACAAGUUAGGGGCUGCUGCCCUCAUCAAUGAUAUUCUGGCUGAGCUUGUGAGGCUUGGUAAUAAAGGUGAACUGGAAGUUCAAGCCAGCAGUAACACAGGCACGUUAGUCUCCCGUGGAGGCCCCUGUGUCAAAGAGGCUGUCAGUCCGGAGGUGUCACUUGAAGAUGAUUCCGUGGAUCCUUAUGAUAAUCUCAGGCCUAUUGUCAUUGAUGGAUCGAAUGUGGCAAUGAGCCAUGGAAACAAAGAGGUUUUCUCUUGCCUUGGUAUCCAAUUGGCUGUUGAUUGGUUUGUGGAGAAAGGGCACAAAGACAUCACAGUGUUUGUUCCUGCCUGGAGGAAAGAGCAGUCGAGACCUGACGCCCCCAUUACAGACCAAGACAUUUUGCGGAAGCUGGAGAAAGAAAAGAUCCUAGUGUUCACCCCAUCUAGAAGAGUCCAGGGGAGGAGAGUGGUGUGCUAUGAUGAUCGCUUUAUAGUGAAACUGGCCUGUGACUCUGAUGGCAUAAUUGUGUCAAAUGACAACUACAGGGACUUACAGAAUGAGAAGCCGGAGUGGAAGAAGUUCAUAGAGGAGCGGCUGCUGAUGUACUCGUUUGUCAAUGAUAAAUUCAUGCCACCUGAUGAUCCUUUGGGAAGACACGGUCCAAGUUUAGAGAAUUUUCUCCGCAAGCGUCCUGUUGUUCCAGAGCACAAAAAGCAACCUUGUCCAUAUGGGAAAAAAUGCACUUAUGGACAUAAGUGCAAGUACUACCACCCAGAGCGUGCAAACCAGCCCCAACGGUCAGUGGCUGAUGAACUGAGGGCGUUUGCCAAGUUGUCUGCUGUGAAGACAAUGAGCGAGGGGGCCCUGGCCAAGUGUGGUACUGGACCCGCCACAGCUAAGGGGGAGAGUGGCUCUGAGGCUAAACGUGUGACCCCGAAGCGCCAGUCUGACCCCAGCAUCCGCUCAGUCGCCUGCGAGCCAGAGGAGAGACUGUCUGCUGUCCGUAAGCCUGAGGCAAAUUCUGUGCCUUCCCUUGUGUCUGCCCUCAGCGUGCCCACCAUGCAGCCUGCAAAGAGCCACGCGGCUGGUGCCUUGAACACACGAUCAGCCAGCAGCCCAGUACCCGGCUCUCUCCAGUUCACCCACAGCUCUCUGGAGCACAUGUCUAGUGUACAGUACCCACAUCCACCCAUCCUAGUCACCAACAGCCAUGGCGCUUCUGUCACUUACAGUGAACAGUUUCCUAAGUACGAUUCUGUGAGCACAGACCACGGAUACUACUCUAUGCUUAGUGAUUUUUCUAACAUGAGCAUGAGCAGCAUGCACAACGUGGACAGCUUCUGUAGCAUGGAGCAUGAGCACGGGGUUUAUCUGAGAAAUCCCAGCCAGCAUUGCCCUGAGCCCUGCCUCAGCCACUCUAACAGUGACUCCUUUUCCUCUUAUGGGGAAUUAUACAUGAGCUCAGUGGACAGUAGCCUGGAUGAGAGCAUGAAGGGACAGCAGUCUCCUGCACAGAGCAGACUCCAGGCCUUCUCCCAUGGGGGGUUCCACCAUGAGGCCCUGACCCGGGUGCAGAGCUAUGGCCAUGAGGAGCCCAAGCAAGGUCCAUGCAGGAAGCAGUCCAUAUCCCACCUGGCACCUCAUGUCCAGCACCCUGUUGUUGGGGCCCGGUCCAGCUGCCCAGGGGACUACCCCUUACCUCAGAAUGUCCUCCCAUCACAGUCCUCGCAGCCGGGACGCUCCCUGGGCAUGACACGUAUGGACAGCAUCUCAGACUCCAGGCUGUACGAGAGUAACCCCAUGAGGCAGCGCAGACCCCCACUGUGCCGCGAGCAGCACGCCAGCUGGGACCCGCUGCCCUGUGGCAGUGAGUCCUAUGGAUACCAUUCGUACCCCCUGAGUAACAGCCUGAUGCAGCCGUGUUGUGAGCGGGUGAUGGUCCGCAGCAUGCCUGACAAGAUGGAGCAGAUCUGGAGGUAUCCGUGGGAGAACCCGCCUCAAGCUGAGCACCAGGAGCGCCAUGUCAUCCCAGAGCACCUUUACCAAACAUACCGUAACCUCUGCAACAUCUUCCCCGCUUUCGUGGUGCACUCUGUCAUGGAGAAAAACCCUCAUCUGACGGACCCACAACAACUCGCUGCCGUCAUUGUCACGAAGCUGAGGUCUUGCCAUUGAGUAUUUUCAUUUUAUUUUUGAAUCUACAAUUGUCUGAAUAGUAUUAGUACUCUACAUUUGAAGUAAGUUAUUUGAUUGUCAUCCAAACAAUUUGUCCUCAUGAAAUUCACUAAUGUAAGCGAAAACUUUGACUGAUGGUAAGAUUUCGAAUUUGAACGAAGUCGUCCAUUUUAAUACAGAGCAGAAUUAUUUCACUAUACGUAGAUCAUAUUGUGCAUAUCUGACAUUGCUGUAAAUACUACGUGACUUUGUUGUUUAUUGUGCAAUUAUUAUUUUGGGGUAAAAGACAGAGGGAAGUGAGUGCAAGCAUACCUCAGAGCAUGAACUUUCACAUUUAAUGGCCUUAUAUCUGAAUGACCUCACUGCUCCAGUCAUUGUUUAACGGGUUUCAAUUAAUAUCCUAAUGUAGUUGAGUUCACUCUCCUUUGCGUUUUAAAUGUUAAGCACUAAGUAUUUAGAAUGAUAUAUAUUUUCUCAAUCUCACUUUACAAAGCUACUAUUUUGGUAGAACUUGCGAGUGCACGUACAUAAGCAAGCCAAACUACAACUGGGAAAGAUUAUACUUAAAACAUCUGUGCACAUAUAAAACACAUGAAAGCCAUUUAAAAGACAUUUCAAAGCUGCUGAAAUAAUGCCAAAAAUUUUGAGAAUGAACCUUGUCAUUAUAAAGCGAUCGUAGUUUUGAUCCAGACAAUUGAUUGGGUAGUAGUGUAACAUCACAUCAGUGUUGUAAGACUUAACCGUUGAUGUAUUGUAUGGCUGGCUGUGUUGAUUAGUUACCUUAGUGUAACUGUUACAUGGAAAUGAUUGGGAACACUUUUGAGCGUGUAUAUAUAUCCUUGUCUUGCACCUUGGGACCUGGCAUGUGACUUGAUGGCACAUCCAGUGUUUAACGUGACUUAUAUUUGUAAUUACUAAGGAACUGGUGAAGUCUCAUCUGCAAAAUGCUUUAAAGAAAAGCAUCCGUUUCCUUAUUUAUGCUGAGAGACGAGCCAUGUAAAUGAACACGUAAAGAAAACGAAUACAUCUCUGAAUGUUAUUUGCCCAAAAUAUUUUUCGGGCUUUGUUGAGUUUGUUUUUUCAUGAACUAAGAGCAGGCCAUGUUGGGCCUCUUGUCUCUUCAUGAGAAGGUGUGACACACUGCCUAAAUGUUUCUUCCUGUGAAACACUCAGAAAGCGAGGCUGCCGUCAGGGUUGUUUCUGGCAUUUGGCUUAAGUUUGCGUGCCUACCUUUCCCCUCACUACCUUCCCUCAAGUUUGAAAGGCUUCAUAAUGGUAAAGUAAUAAAGACCCCCCCCCCACACGUACACUAAGUGACAUAAAAGUGGGAAUAGACUACUGAAAU